AUAUCGCGAGAGGUGUGAUUCUGACGGGACUUACGCAGGCUGUGGACCAACCGUGCUCCUUCUCUGUAAACUGACUGAAUGUUUAAGACUCAGGCCUGUCCAGGAUGAAAAGUGUUCGAGUCGUGGUGGUGGGAGCAGGUGUGAUUGGUUUCUCCACUGCAGUCUGCAUCGCCGAGGCUCUUCCCUUCUGCUCCGUUACUCUGCUGGCGGAGAAGUUCAGUCCAGACACCACCAGUGAUGGAGCUGCUGGGAUCCUGUUUGCUGCAGAGUUUCCAGAUAUUCCUUUGGAAAGACAAAAGCGCUGGUUCAAGUACAGCUUUGAUCACCUGUUGGCCAUUGCUCAAUCCAAACACUCACCAGAAGCUGGAGUAAUGCUGAGCUCUGGCUGGCAACUUUUCAGGGACAUCCCAGCCGAUAAGAAGCCCUUCUGGUCAGAGUUUGUGAUCGGCUUUCGAGUCAUGACUGACAGUGAAUUAAAAAGGUUUCCAGAUCACACGUUUGGCCAGGCGUUCACCACCAUAAAAUGUGAAUGUUCCAGCUACCUGCCGUGGCUCGAGAAGAGUUUCAGAAAAGCUGGAGGCCUAGUGGAACAGAGGAAACUCAACAGUCUUGAGGAAUUAAUCAACAGCUAUGAUAUCAUUAUCAACUGCUCUGGUCUGGGUUCCAAAACACUGGUGGGUGACAACAAGGUGUACCCGGUCAGAGGCCAGGUCCUCAAGGUGGAGGCCCCCUGGCUGAAGCACUUCAUCAGAGAUGGAGACGGAAAGACCUACAUCUACCCAGGCAUACACAGUGUCACUGUGGGCGGCACCAGGCAGGAGGGGGACUGGCGACUACAAGCGGACGAAGGCGACACAAAAGGCAUCCUGGAGCGCUGCAGCAGGCUGGAGCCGUCCAUCAGCAAAGCUAAAGUUCUCAGCAAGUGGGUGGGUCUGAGGCCUAGCAGGACGAACCCGAGGGUGGAGAAGGAGCUGGUGCGGCUGCAGAGUCGCAUGGUGCCUGUGGUCCACAACUACGGCCACGGAGGCUGGGGAGUCACCCUCGCCUGGGGUACCGCCCUUGACGCACUGGGGCUGGUCAGGCAGUGCCUUCAUGAAACACGGCUACAGGCUAAUCUUUGAACUCAGUCUGCCACUAAAUCCUGCUUUAACUCUGUGCCCACUAACACUCACCUUAAAAUAAUAACACAGGAAAAAUGUAUGUAAAUAUUAUGUAUUUGGAUGAACAAUUGUUCGAACGUAUUGGUUAUGAAAGCAUGACAUAAUAAAUGCUGCUUUUUAAAUUACUAAAACAAUUUAAAAUGCCUUUGAGUGAAGAGAUCUGCUGUCAUAUAUAUAUGUAAAAGAAACCUUUAUUAUUUAAAUUAAUGAACAGGAAAAUACUGUGCAUAGUUUACUGAGGUGAAACAAACCGCUCAUGCAAACAUCCAAGACAAAUGCACAGUGGAAUGCAAUUGACCAAUAAAUUGCUCAACUUUCUGUCAUUACUGUAAAUUAUACCUCUGUGCUUUAAAACUGCUGAUAGUUUUCUGUUUCAACCAUAGCUAUUACAUUAUAUCUAGUAUUUUCAAGUGCUUCAUUAAUUGCUAUCACUACUGUUGGAUUACAUGGAUAAACAUUUUUUUUUCUCCAUCCAAAUAAUAUACACUUAAAACAGUUUGAAAAUGCGGAGUUACAGUAAAUCAAGCAAUGAAUCAUUUAUUAACAAAGGCUUUGUUUGAUGCAAAAUAAACGGCCAGUCGAUGCCACUUG